AGAAUGCACUUGAUAACUACACUUUCCUGCCGUUCAGCGUACUGCUAGCCAUUUUCUGGAUAUUCACUUACAAGAAAGUGCCAGAGACGAAGAACAAGACGUUCGAAGAAAUCACUGCCUUAUUUCGACAUGGUAACGGAAGAUAUCAUAAGGUUAACAGCCUUCUGUAAUACUCUGUUUUUACUACAUACCUUUUAUAAACGUAGCAGAUACUUUACUGUUAAGUUUUUAUUGUUACCUUACACCUGUUCUAGAAGUUUAUUUUUGAGCAUGUUAAACUGCGUAAACGCCUUAGAGCAACAUCUUCCAGCCACGGAACAAGCGGGGUUAGUCAGCGCGGAAGAGAAGCCUCCACAGCAACCACCACAGGAUUCGUCUGGUUCGGAGCGGUCUUCCAGAGCCGGCGAUACAGGUGGUCGCCCACCGCCGCCACUACCCCCGCCCAGGUUUCCGAACAGCGCCGUUUGA